AUGUUCCAGACAGAAUGUACUCGGAACAAUAUCAAUGGGCAAACAAGCCCUCCGGACAAAGAAGCUUCUCCCACACUCAACCAACGGAGCAAGGAAAAAGAUUUUGUUCGAUCGAGCGCUCCAAAACUGGAGCUUGCAUCGCUUUCCCACACACAAUUUUCAGGCAUUGGCACAAAACAUUCGUUUGCCUACAAAACACCGACCAUGUCGUCCCUUUGUAAUCAAGAUGCAAAGAUUGCCUUCUUUGCAAAAAGCGCAGGUGAGGCAACAGCCGUGAGCAACGAGACACUCAGCAACAUUGCCCGAGGCAUUCAGCACGGCAUCCAGCGUUGCAUUGACCGAACAAGUGACGUAGAUAUGUUUGUCUGCCUUCAAGGCAACAAAAUCAUCCCAAAUACUCUGCCAAUCCGUCUGGAAGAUAUCCAAGCGACGAUGGAAACUGCGUCGAACGGAGACCUCAAAUUCAAAACCCUCCAAGGAAAUCACACACUUCAUGUCCUUUUCACUGGCGGAGGAUCUCAGUUUUCUAUCCAACUUGCCGAGCCACCACAGCGUCAACAGGCCAGGGUCCCUCAGCGUCAACAGGCCAGGGUCCCUCAGCAACAACAGGCCAGGGUCCCUCAGCAACAACAGGCCAGGGUCCCUCGUCAACAACAACGACAACAGGCCAGGACACAGCAACCAGCGCCUCCGCAAGCAGAGAGACGCAGCCGGGAAGCUUCUGCCAAUCGCCACCGAGUCAGUUUAACGGACUCGUCUGAAUCAUCUGAUGAAGAAGAGGUUGUGGCUCCGCUUCGUCGUUAUCGUCGUGCUGGACAACAACAAAAAAGACAACCAGACAGCGACGAUUCCUCGUCCGCGGACGAAUACAAGAACUUUUCGCAGAUCACAGGGCGGAAGAAGCGUGCUUGA